UCAACAGAAGGGUAUGAGAGGCGAGACACAUUAUCGUUGCUAUGCAAGCCGCAGACACUGCUGUUAUUUACAUUUUUAGAGAAACUACCGUUAUGACAACUGCGAGGACGCACACUUAUAAUUUAAAAUCGUUUUCUCAGAACAUUGGGUAAAUAUAAGUGAAAAUAAAUAUGAAUGUAAAUAAACCCAAAGAUGUAAGUAGAGCACAUACCUACUCAGCAAAUAAUAGUACAUUUGUUAUGACAGUCAGCUGACAAAUGAGGGUAUAUUAGAAACAUUUUGUAUUGACUGUCAGUUGGGCAAUAAAAGAUUAUGGUAUACACUGCACAGUGGGUACGCAUGCAUUGCACUGCGUGAGAUAGUUCUAAAAAUAGUACUGGGUCCAUUUAUCUUUCGUUUCAGUUAGUUGAUAAAUGAAGUGUGUGAAAAUGAGUUUGUAAUUACUUAAUAGUGCGAAUUGAGUAGCGGCUAGUUUUAAAAAGCGAUGGCGUGGCCGCUGCCACCGUCCGGUCUGCACGAGACGGGCUGCGCGGCGCGGCGCAUGUGGCGCAACGCCUGCAACACGCUGGUGGCGCCCGACGCCGACGACGCCUGGCAGCGGGUCGUCGACAACUCGCCGCCCGACAGCCUCUGGCACUCGCUCAGGAACUGCGUUGCAUACCAGGCGGGCGUGUGGCAGAACUUGCUAAACAAAGGGAUCGACGAUGUGAUACAACCGGCCGCGUUCAAAUUAGCAAUCGUCUUGAGGCACACCCCGUCCGAGGUCACCGUGAAACUGCUCGCAGACUUGCUACGUCAACAUCCGCAGUCUCAAGAUCUGACAUCUUACAUAUUGGCGCUACUGACUGACGAUGAGGCGAUGUGGUGUGGAGCCAGUAGCUCGUCCAUAUCCCCCUCCCCGACCGCCAGCGGGGUCAGCACCAGCGGGGACGGCGGCGAGAGCGCGGACGGCGGCGAGAGCGGCGAGGGCGGCGACAGCGCGGACGGCGGCGACAGCCCCGACAGCGGCGACAGCGGGGACAGCGCCGACAGCGGGGACAGCGCCGACAGCGCGGACAGCCCCGACAGCCCGCACAGCGUGGAGGAGGCCGAGGCCAAGGCGCAAGAGCCGGUACAGCCGAGCUCAACACAACACAGAGACGAUAUCCCGGACAGCUCGAUGGUUCCCGACAGCACGACAGGCGCUGAUAGCACAACAUAUCCAGAGAUCGAUGAUUGCGCAGUCGGAAGCAGCGGCAUGGCGAUGGACGCCGGAGAGAUCGCCGACUCGGAAGUGACCGAGGGUAAGGCCGCCUCCGAGGCGGAAGCCGCGGACAGCACGGAGAACGCCGAGGCCGCGGCCCUGGAACUGGCACUGAGCGACGGCGGGCUCGGCGAAGCGCUGGGUGAGGCGUUAGGGGAGGCGCUGGGCGAGGCGCUGGCGCAGGGCUUCGGCGAGGUCGUGGGGGAGGCGCUGGCGGCCAGCGGCAGCUCGGCGGGCGCGCUGACGCCGGCCGGGCCCGCGCCGCUGCGCGACCUGCAGCUGUUCGGCGACUGCGAGCUGGCCGUGCUGGCCGCCUCGCGCGAGGAGUACGACGCGCACGCCAAGCUCGUCCGCGCCGAGUACUCCAAGCUCACCAACCAGAACUACGUCGAGUUGAGGAUCAAGGUGCUGAACCAAUUCGCCAAGAUACCAAAGCUGUAUCACACGCCCGAGUUCGAGUGCUUCGAGUCGGCGGCGCGCGAGAACAUUGAGCGUGAGAUCGGCACGCUGCGGGAACAUUUGCUCACCGGGAGAAAAGACUAGUGUUACGCCUACCAGGAAUUUGACUUUCCUGAACAAGCCGAUGAUGAAGACAGCGCUGAUGAUGAUACCAAUUAAACGGUUACUUGCUUAAAUUUAUUAUAUUACCUGACCGCGUAUUUGCACUACCUUAUAACACCAAGAGUUCGGAACGCUUUCCAAAUAUUUGUUCCAAGCCUCACAAUUUGGUAACGCAUAGCGUAGAAACUGCCAAGCAAAUUUGAGUAAAUGCGUGGCAAAGUAAACAAUUUACAAGGUAAUCUAAUAAAUAAUUGAGUAUACCUAAUAGGUACACAUCAGAUCUGGCAUCACUUGUUCGUGAACGUCAUUUUCCUGGCAAGUCCAGAAGGCGCUUGAAUUUAUCCUGUGUUAUGCUUACACCCGCACGUAUCAUGCUUACGUCACGUACAUGACACAUGAGAGGUUCUCUCGUCUGUAAGACUUGCAUAUUACAAUCACUGAUUGUAAUCACACAAAGGACACUUCCAUUUUAGCGUUAUUAGAGUGUUUAUUAAACAGAUGUAAUUUUAAAGUGAGCCUCGAAAAGGCUAAGCUAGAUUAGAUGGUUUCAUUGAAUGUAUACUAAAUUAAGGAUGUACUUGAAAUGUAACUGUAACGUAUGCCGAUGUAAUUAUAGUUAGUUUGUAUGGACGCCUUACUAAUAACUAAAGCAUAAAUCUGAAAUAUUGCAUGCAUUCCAUAGUCUACUAAACCUUGAAAUACUGCGUACAGUUAUUUAAUAUACAGGGUGUAAGGAACACCGUACCACCAAAGUCGCAUAAUGACUUUAAAAUAACGUGUUAAUUAAUAU